AUGGAGAAAAAACCUCCUCCCGAGAAAGAAGAGGGAAAAGAGAAAGAGGAUGAGGAGGAAGAAGAGGAGACCUGUUCCGAGGGGGCCCUGGGGAAGAAUCCAUUCCAGCUGACCGCCUAUGACGUCUAUGACAUCUCCUAUGUGGUGGGCAGGGACCUGAUGGCCAUCACUGGGGAAUCCAGGGAUGUGUCCGCCAGGGUGACUCAGCUCCAGUUUAAAAUUGUGCGGGUCCUGGAGAUACUGGAGGCCCUGGUGAAUGAUUGCAAUGUGACCAUGGAGGAACUCCGGAUGGAGAGAGACAGCCUCAGGAAGGAGGUGGAGGGGCUCAGGAGCGAGGAGCAGCCCUCGAACACCGCGAAGGUGAAAUCUGGGACCAACAAAAUUAUAGUGGAUCUGACAGACCCCAACCGCCCCAGAUUCACAAUGCAUGAACUCCGGGAGGUGCUGCAGGGGCGAAAUAAGCUGAAAUCCCACCUUCUGGUGGCCCAGGAGGAGCUCCAAUGCUAUAAGAGUGGGCUUGUCUCCCCAAGUAACAACCAGUUGGCCAGAAGAGACCCCAAAGCCCCCGUGACUGACAGCACCACCUCCAAAAGAGCCAAACAGGAGAAAACCAUCAUCGGGAUGUUCUUCUCUUUCAGGUCAGGGAAGCGGACCUAA